AUGGGUUUCUCGAUACACACGGACUUUCAUAAUACCAUUGACGGUCGCCUUCCGAUAGCUCAAGAAUGUCGCUAUGCAAUCAACCCGGCCACUGGAGAGCCGAACGAGCCAGUACCAAUAUCUACGCCUGAUGAUGUGGAAAUGGCGAUGGCGGCGGCCAAGAAGGCGUCUAUAUCGUGGGGAAAAGUCCCCUUUGAGGAGCGACGCCGAUGCCUGCUGGAAUUUUCCAAAGCUAUUGAGAGUCAUCGGGACGAAUUUGCAAGCCUCUUGACCCGGGAACAGGGAAAACCGCUUUCCCUCGCUGGUAUAGAGGUGACCAGUGCACUGCGUUGGUUCCAAGCAUUCUCGGAAUGUGAUCUUAAAGAUACAAUAAUCAAAGACGACGAGCAUAGGAAAAUCGUCUGUCGAUACACGCCACUUGGGGUUGCUGUUGGCAUCAUCCCAUGGAAUUUUCCCUUUGCCCUCGCCUGUGCAAAGCUUGGUCCUGCAGUUCUGGCCGGUAACCCAAUGAUCAUGAAACCAUCACCAUUUACACCAUAUACAUGUCUCAAGCUCAGUGAGCUAGCACAGGACUUCUUUCCGCCAGGGGUCGUUCAGGCUCUUAGUGGUGAUGAUAGACUGGGUCCUUGGUUAACGAGCCACCCUAUCCCAGAGAAAAUAUCUUUCACUGGAUCCACGGUGACUGGAAAGAAAGUGAUGGAAGCUGCGGCUGGAACCAUGAAACGAGUGACGUUGGAGCUGGGAGGUAACGAUCCUGCUAUAGUAUGCGCCGAUGUUGACAUUGAACAAACUGCCAAGAAGGUGGCAAAUCUCUCCUUCCUGAACUCUGGUCAAAUCUGCUUAGCUAUAAAGCGAAUUUAUGUCCAUGAAUCGAUUCAUGAUCAAUUCCUCGAGGCCAUGGUAAAUCAUGUGAAGACAUUGAAGGUUGGCGAAGGUAAUGAAGAAGGUGUAUUCAUGGGUCCAAUUCAAAACUGCAUGCAAUAUGAAAGAGUCAAGGGCUUUUUGGAAACUGGCAAAGCCGAGAACUGGACCAUCGCUACUCCUUCCCCCACGGUCAACGACCGCCCUGGGUAUUUCAUCAAUCCAACUAUCAUCGACAGACCUGCCGAUGAUAGCAGGAUCGUCACGGAGGAACCUUUUGGCCCAAUCGUCCCUUUGCUAACUUGGACUCACGAGGAUGAUGUGAUCAGGCGAGCAAACGACACUCGGAUGGGUCUCGGUGCUUCUGUUUGGUCUCGCGACCUCGAGCAGGCGGGGCGAAUUUCUCAGAGCCUAGAAGCAGGCACAGUUUGGAUUAACAAUCACUUUGAUUUGGAUCCAAGCGUCCCAUACGGUGGCCACAAAGAAAGUGGAAUGGGACUGGAAUUGGGGAUGAGCGGUUUGCUUGCUUUCUGUAAUACACAGUUUUUGUACAUGAAUAAGUCACAGUAA